AUGAGCGAAGAUGAAGAAUUGGAGUUUGCCAUUACCGAGGCAGCUUCCAUUUUAGCCUUCUUCGAUGGAAUCCCGUUGAAGGUUUCGUACAGAUUCGAUCGACUUAUUGAUGAUGUGCUCAGUAAAAUACCGUUCGAUGAGGCAACCGCUUUUCCAUUCCUCACUUGGCAUUCGAGGGAACAUCCUUUCAGUCCGCGACUCUUGGGACUCACCGAACCAACGGUACUGAUCCCGAAUGUCUAUGACCAAAGUUAUCUGCGACUACGAUUAGCUGAAGGAAUCAACGAGUACGUGAGCUGUAGAGAACGACGGUAA